AUGUCUCAAACCACUAAUUCAAACUUAUCAUCGGACGAAACACGAACCGACCGCCUAGUAAACUGGGCAUCCAGUCUACAGUACAAAGAUAUCCCCGAAAAUGUGGUCCAAAAAACCAAAGACUUCUUUCUAGAUUGGCUCGGCUGUACAAUUGCCGGCCGUCAUCACCCCGCUGUUUCCGCCAUAGCCCAAUUCGCAGCCCAGAUGGGCCCUUCAAAUGGCAAAAGCGAACUGGUCGAUGGCUCGUUGAAAUUCACGACCAGUCCAGCAUUUGCCAGUCUGAUUAAUGGUGCUUCGUCGCAUGUGGUUGAGCAGGAUGAUCUUCACAAUCGGAGUAUCAUGCACCCUGCUACUGUCAUCUACCCGGCUGCUCUAGCCGUGGCACAGGAAGUAGGUGCCACAGGGGAGGAAUUCAUCGCUGCUUGCGUUGUGGGCUACGAAGUCGGUUGCCGCGUUGGAGAGUAUCUGGGCAAGAGCCACUACGAGCGCUUUCAUAGCACAGCCACAGGCGGCGUCAUUGGAGUCGCAGCCGCCGUCGCCCACCUAUUAAAGCUGGACGCGACAAAGACGCUUUCAGCAGUUGGAACAGCCGGCACCCAAGCAGCGGGCCUAUGGCAAUUCCUGCUCGACGCAACACACUCAAAGCAAGUGCACACAGGCAAAGCUUGUUUCGACGGGAUAUUCGCCGCAUACUCCGCCCGCGACGGUCUCCUCGGACCACGAGAUAUUCUCGAAGGCCCGCGGGCAAUGGGCAUUGCCUUGGUGCCCGGCGACACCUACCCCGAGGCAAUUGACCAGGAUCUGGGCUCCGACUGGGCGAUUCUCAGUUCUAGUUUCAAGUGGCAUGCGUCGUGCAGGCAUACGCAUCCCAGUGUGGACGCACUGCUCAGUUUGAUGGAGAAGAAUAAUGUUGUCUUUGAAGAUAUCGAGUCGGUGGUUGCGCGCACCUAUCAAGCUGCGCUGAAUGUACUCGGUCUCAGCGGGAGUGGACAGACGGUGCAUCAGAGCAAGUUCUCGAUGGGCUUUGUUUUGGCUGUUGCGGCCAAGAAGGGACAGGCUAUGAUUACUGAUUUUACGGAGGCGGAUUUGGUGGAUGGUGAACUGCGGGAGUUUCAGAAGCGGGUUACUAUGGAGUUGGAUGAGGUGAUUGAGAGUAGGUUUCCGAAACAGUGGCAGGGGACUGUGAUUGUGACAUGCAAGUCUGGGGCGAAGUUUACCGAGUCGGCUGAGUUUGCGAAGGGAGAUCCGGAGCUGCCAUUAACAAAGGAUGAAAUUGAGAGAAAGACGAGGGCCCUUGCAACUUAUGGUGGGUUUGCAGACGUCGAACGCGUCAAUCAGCUGAUUGAAAGGGCUUGGAACUUGGAGCGGGAGACGAGUCUCCAUGGGUUUGUCUUUUAA